AUGUGCAAAUCUCGGGUGGGCAUAAUUCUCGCGCUGCUCUUCUGGCUGCAGCUGGUCAGGAACAGCUCGUCGCAGCUGGAGAUGAACCGAUUUCUGCCGGAGCUGUGCGUCUUUGCCGAGCCGACCUGCCCCAAUACGCGCAUUAGCUUCUGGCUGUACACCAACGCCACGCGAUAUGAGCCCAUUCAAUUGGAUCCGUUGAAUCCGGCCGCGGAACUAUUUGAGCCACGUUUGCCGCUGAAAAUCCUCAUACACGGCUUUGUGGGCAAUCGCAGCCAGACGCCCAAUCUGGAGGUGCGGGAUGUCCUGCUGCAAACGCAGCCGGUGCACGUCAUCUCCGUGGACUAUGGGAGCCUGGUGCGCUGGCCCUGCUACUAUCCAUGGGCGGUGAGCAAUGCGCCCGUCGUGUCAAAGUGCCUGGCACAGUUCAUUGACAGCCUUUUGGCCGCCGGCAUCUAUCGGCGCGAGCAGCUGCAUCUGAUUGGCUUCAGUCUGGGCGCCCAGGUGGCGGGCAUGGCGGCCAAUUAUGUGCGUGAGCCUCUGUCGCGCAUAACGGGCCUGGAUCCGGCUGGACCCGGCUUCAUGAACAGCUGGCCGCACGAAAGGCUCGAUCGCAGCGAUGCGGACUUUGUGGAUGUCAUACACACAGAUCCGUUCUUCUUCUCCAUGCUGCCCGCCAUGGGACAUGCCGACUUCUAUCCGAAUCUCGACCAGUUCCGCCAGCGCGGCUGCAGCUACGUCAACGAAUGGCGCUUCUACAACUGCAAUCACUUUCGCGCCGCCGUCUACUACGGCGAGUCCAUUGUCAGCGAACGCGGCUUCUGGUCGCAGCAGUGCGGCGGCUGGAUGCACUACUUCACCCAGCGCUGUGGCCUCUACUCGGAUAUGCCCAACACACAAAUGGGCUACUUUGUUUCCGAGAACGCCUCCGGCUCCUAUUUCCUGAGCACCAAUGAGAAACCUCCCUUUGCCAAGGGACCGCUCGUCGAUGUGGUCAUUGAAGUGGCGGACCUUUCAAAUUUCAUCCAUUUUGCAGCUGGACAAAACGCGGCUGUUGUGGCUGCUGCUGUUGCCGCGGGUCAAAAUCAAUCGCAGGUCUACAUAACGGAUUCUUGCCUGGAGAAGCCCUAUCGGUGUCCGCAUCCCAAGAUCCAGUUCUAUUUGUAUACGCGUCGCACACAGGAACAGCCCGAAUAUCUGGACGUGCUGGAUCCCAAUGCGCUGUACUAUACACACUUCAAUCCACGCCAUCCCACCAAGAUCAUCAUUCAUGGCUUUGGCGGCGGACGUGAUUUCAGUCCCAGUCCGGAUCUACGCGAGGCGUACUUCACCAUUGGCGAGUACAACAUAAUCAUUGUGGACUACAGCAAUGCGGUGAAGGAGCCGUGCCUCAGUCAAAUGGAGUGGUCACCGCGUUUUGGCAGCCUCUGCAUCUCCCAGCUGGUCAAGUAUCUGGCACGGCAUCCACGCGGCGUUCAGCCGGAUGAUCUGCACUUUAUUGGCUACAGCGUGGGCGCGCAUAUUGCGGGCUUGGUGGCCAAUUAUUUGAAGCCCGAGGAGGGCAAGAUCGGACGCAUUACGGCACUCGAUCCCACCAUAUUCUUCUAUGCCGGUGCGAAUAAUUCACGGGACUUGGACACCAGCGAUGCCCAUUUUGUGGACGUGCUGCACACGGGCGCCGGAAUACUUGGCCAGUGGCAUUCGAGUGGCCAUGCGGACUUCUAUGUGAAUGGAGGCACCAGACAACCGGCGUGUGUGGGCUCUGCCACGUUGUUUCAAACCUUGGCCUGCGAUCACACAAAGGUCACGCCGUACUUUAUCGAAUCGAUAACAACAAAGCGUGGCUUCUAUGCGGGACCCUGUCCCAACCUAUUUACCUAUCUGAUAGGCUGGUGCGAGCCCAAGGAUUCGGACUAUGUGCUCAUGGGCGAGCACUGUUCGCAUAAGGCACGUGGCAACUAUUAUGUAACUACGAAUGCGAAGGCGCCCUUUGCCAGGGGAUUUCCGGGCAAGGGGCGCUCCAAUGGCGAGUACCAGGGCGUACGGCGUUAAUGGACUUACCGAC